UGAUUCCCACCCAGCUACGCGAAAAUCAUUAAACCCCCAGACCCUCGCUCUCACCCGCUCGCGCGUGGCUCUCCCGGCUGUUCAAGACUCUUCCUUUUUUUUGUCCCUAUUCUUUUUCCGCCGCCCUCCUCCUUCCAUCCGCAUAGUCGCAAAAAGGAGGCUCUCACCCACUUCUUGUCUGUCUUCGCUGAGCCCUAGACAGCACAAAUUCCCCUCCUUCUUUUCAUUUCCAUUGACUUGUCUGUCUGUGUGUGUGUGCUUGCCUUGUGCACCAGACCUCUUCACUUCUUUGAUUAUUUUAUUAUUUGGGCGGGUUUUCCAGUAGGCGCAUACCCUAGACGAAAAUCCUCGGCUUACGACGCGCAGUGUUGCAAAACUUGACCUGCUCUCUUGUUCAAUUUGAAAAUAAGGUCACUGGCGAUUCCUUGGGAAGAUCUAUAUCUUUUCCAACAACCCGACCUGCACGCCAUUUUCGUUUCGAUAAUUCUCGACUAAUUUCGCUCGACUCCAAUUGUUUACCUGCCGCCACCCCGCUGCCUCCACUGGCACAGGAACAGCACAGGCUUGGAACGGGCAAUUUACCAUUAUAUCGCCGUGUCGAGGGCCCCCCUUCACUACUCCACAGCUUACUGGCAACAUUGAAAAUAUCCACCCCCCUUUUUUUUUAUAUUAGCGGCGCACCUAGACGGUGUACACUAGCGACGCAACCACUCUCGCAUCCAUUCGCUUGAAGCAAUUGGACUACUUCCCCCUCUCCGGGCUGGACUCGACGCCUCUCAUUUCACUCAUCAUCAGAAACAAACAUACUAGAACCAAGGCAGCGCCUCAGCGACAACGGCUUGCAACGCAGGCUGGACCCCAGUAUCCACGAUCACCAACGUCCCGUCAAGUCACGCUUUCAGAAUUCAAUCUAGUCACUGCAUUCGUUCCCUUGGCUUUCCGCACCUCCCAGGUCUCGCUUGAGACUUGACGUCUUCCAUUAGAGUCGUCCCUCAACAUGUAUUCCCAUCCACACAACGCCGGCGUCGCCGCCGCGCCUCAAAAACCCGAAACCUUCAUGCUCAGCACAGAAGCACAACAAGCAUUACCACACGAUGCACAGGUUGCUCUGCAACAGGUUGAUAAUCUGAAAUACUUCCUCAUCUCUGCUCCCGUCGAUUGGCAACCAGACCAGUACAUCCGCAGGUUCCUACUACCAACAGGAGAAUACGUCUCUUGCGUACUAUGGAACAACCUCUUUCACAUUUCUGGCACAGACAUCGUACGAUGCUUAUCGUUCAGGUUCCAAGCCUUUGGCCGACCGGUAAAGAACUCGAAGAAGUUUGAAGAGGGCAUCUUCUCAGAUCUCCGCAACCUCAAGUCUGGCACCGACGCCUCCCUCGAGGAGCCCAAGAGCCCGUUCUUGGACUUCCUGUACAAGAACAACUGCAUCAGGACACAAAAGAAGCAAAAGGUCUUUUACUGGUAUAGCGUACCACACGACCGUCUUUUCCUCGAUGCGCUCGAGAGGGAUCUUAAGAGGGAAAAGAUGGGCCAGGAGGCUACGACUAUGGCUGUCAGCGAGCCGGCUCUGUCCUUCCAGUACGACUCGUCGCAGUCGCUCUACGAGCAAUUGACCAAGGCUCAACAAGCGAACUCGUCUUCCUUCAACGCCCAGCAGGUUUCCUUCCCUCCGUCGCAGUCUACUUCCCCCGUCAUGAGGGCGAUGGACUCGAUGCCCCCACCUCCCCAGAUGAUGACACAGCCAAUGCCCCAAUCGAUGGCCCCUUUAGCGGAUGGCCUGGACGCCAUGGUCCCAUAUGCCGCGAUGGCGAUGGCCCCCGGGAUGCCGCCCCAGCCGGCAGUCAAGAGGGAGCCGGACUUUAACCGCGUCCAGUACAACCAAAACGGAGUCCCAAUCUCACAAAGCCACCAGCGCCACGCCUCGAUGCCCGCAUACGCCCUUGAGUACUCUCCCGCGCCUUCUUUCGUGUCCUCACACUAUGACGACUACGGAAACAGGGGAAUCUCCUUCGAGCCUCUCACUCCUCCCCAACAAGCCAUGGGAAUGGGUGCCGAGCCUGCCUACAUUGCCAACGAGGAAACUGGACUCUACACUGCUAUCCCUGAUCACAUGAACGGUGUGAACGGCUUAAAUGGUAUGGUCCAGUUGCCUCCGUCCAACCUCGCUGGCCCCCAAUUCACAAGGUCCUAUGGGUCAAACAAUGUUUACUCUGUGAUUGAGGGCUCCCCAACCUACAAGCAGAGGAGAAGACGCUCAUCAAUUCCGCCAGGCAUGUCGGCCAUCGCUGCAGCCACGGCUGCCGCCACCGCCGCUCACAGGCCAUCGGACCUUCGUCGAUCUGUGUCGGCAUCCGUCGGUCCCGUUGCCGAGGGCGAUGAGUCGCUCGACAACUCUCCCCCGGGACUCAUCUACAGCAACCCGCCCAUGUCAAUGGCAAACCACCAGAGGGAGGCUAUGGAACAAAUGUCGCGCCAUGGAACCCCUCUCUCCACCGUGGAAGGCAGCCCUGGCAUGCACCACGUCAACCUUGAACAGCAACAGUACCCUAUGCCCUCCGACGAUAUGACCAGCCCUAUGGACGACCGCAGCAGGCCAAUGGCCCAGGGCGGCCCGAAUGUUGUCCGCAGGGCACGCUCGGCAACCGUCAUGGGCAGCGAAGUCGGCCCCUACCCGCAAAAGUCACACUCGUGCCCGAUCCCGACCUGUGGUCGUCUCUUCAAGCGCCUCGAGCACCUGAAGCGGCACAAGCGCACGCAUGAUCGGGCCGACGGCGGCGAGGGACUUAUCCUGUCGGGCGAGGAUGAGGAAGAGUAUUCGGGCGAGGAUCACCUCGGGUCUCUAGAGGAAGCCUCCCCCACCUCCGAGGGUGGAUACGUUACGUCUUCACUGAACUCGGCAAUGGCUCACGGCAACACAACGCAGCACCCGAACUCAAACGCUGUCAGCCCUAACCCUGGGCCAAUGAGCCAUGCGCCACAAUACAACUCGAUGCAGACGCUGAUGCAGCCGAUGCAAAUGAGCCAACCUCAGCCCAUCAAUGCCGGCGGUAUGAUGUGAGGUGGUUAAUUUGACUUGCGGAUCAGUCGGCCUCGGCUGGCUAACACUAAAUUUAUUCUUCUUUUUCUGUUGUACAAUAGGGGAACUUGCUGUCAUACGCAGCUGGCUAUUAUAUGAGCGACGCUUGGGGUGGGAUUUCUUGAUGUUCGGCACUAACUACAUUUGGGGGGCGUUCUUCUCGAUAUGAGAAUGUCAAACGGUGGUUUUCUUUUUUUCUUUCCUUAUUUUUAUUCUUUCUCGUCUCCUGUUUCUCUUCGAGAUUUCUUCACCCAUUUACCGGCGUCUUGACCGUUUUGACACAUUUAUAUCUUUUACAUUUUUUAUGAACUUUUUGUUUCAUUCACUCUUCUUUACAGAGUCUUUCUAUUUCUUCUGUUCAGUGGCAUAAAAUCACAAACUCUUUAGAACGAGCACAGAGAAUCUUUGUCCUCUUGAAUUCUUCCCCUGUUCGAUUUUGCAUUCCACGACCGCACUAUUUAUUAUAAGACCCGCGAAAGCAUAGGGCGGAAACAAAAAAAAACAAGGGAAGCAGCCUGAGGGGCAAGCCGACUCUUUGCGUUGCAUCUCUUUUGUAUAUAUGAGUUGGUCGGAUUGCAAUACUUGUUGUCUUUUAUUCAGUUCAUGUUGUUUUUCUGUGUUGAGAUUAGUGAGUGCUUCGGACGCUUUAUGAUGCAGAGGGGGCUACGUUCAGGUGUUCGUAGUAUCUACCGGUCGUGAGCGUUUGUCUUCGGAGUUGGAUGGGAGAUGAAAGUUCCAACGGGUAUCUUUUCUUCAUUCCUCAACUCACCUAUUUUUGCAGUUUCUCAUACUUACUAUCAUUGCCUGUCGGGAAGCGGAGAUGUUGUGUGAUUAUUUAUCGGGACAUGUUAAUACCUGUACGGGAGCGUCAAUUGUCUUCAAGAAAUCCCAACAGUCUACGUCAAAAAAUACAUCUAAAUUUGG